GGAGGCGGUAGUACAAAUCAAACCACCGGUAAACGGCUAAAGAAGAAGAACGGGAAGUCCAUGUUUUCCAGCAUGUCUGCGAUUGGGAUUCAUUUUGGUUAUACGUGUGCUUGUGUGGCGGUGUUUAAGGAUGGGCGGGCUGAUGUGGUGGCUAAUGAUGCAGGAGACAGAGUCACUCCAGCUGUGGUGGGCUACAGAGAUACUGAGCAGAUUGUGGGGAUAGCAGCAAAACAAGGUCAGGUCCGAAAUGCGCCCAACACAGUUGUUAAAGUGAAGCAGGUCCUGGGGAGAAGAUUCGAUGAUCCUGUGACACAAACACACAAAGCAGAGACCAAAUGCCAGGUCAUCAACAGAGAACAGAUGCCUUAUUAUCAGAUUACCUGUGGAGAGCAUUCAGAGUUUGUGGCACCAGAAGAUGUUGCAAAACUCAUCUUCAAGAAGAUGAAAGAAACGGCUCAGUCGGCUCUUGGCUCGGAUGUUACUGACACAGUUAUUACAGUUCCCUUUGAGUUUGCACAUGCUCAGAAGAAGGCUUUGAGAGAGGCAGCUGAAGCUGCAGGUUUUCAUGUGUUGAGGAUGAUCCAUGAACCUGCUGCUGCUCUGCUGGCCUAUAACGUUGUGCAGGACUACUCCUCUGGGAACAGUCAUGUCCUGGUGUAUAAGCUUGGAGGAACAUCCCUGAGCGUGACAGUGCUGCAGAUAAAUGGAGGAAUGACCCGGGUUGUCAGCACCCUCACUGACCACAGUAUCGGAGGAGAGAGCUUCACCCAGGCCUUGGCCCAACACCUCGCCUCUGAGUUCAAACGAACCUUUAAACACGAUGUGAGCAGUAAUCCGCGGGCCUUGCUGAAGCUGAUGAACAGUGCAGACAUGGCCAAGCACUCUCUGUCCUCCUUGGGAUCAGCCAACUGUUUUGUUGAUUCCCUGCAUGAUGGUCUUGACUUUGAGUGCACCGUUUCUAGAGCACGGUGUGAGCUGCUCUGCUCCACACUUUUCAACAAAAGCAUCCAGCCAAUCAGGUCCCUGCUGGAUGAGGCAGGACUCUCUGCCAGAGAUAUUAACAAGGUGGUUCUCUGUGGUGGAUCAUCCAGGAUCCCUCGCCUCCAACAAAUGAUCCGUGAGAUGUUUCCAGAUGUGGAGCUGCUCAAUUCGUCUCCUCCUGAUGAAGUCAUUGCUGUAGGAGCAGCCAUAGAAGCUGGGCUCCUGGUUGGCAGGGAUGGCCUUGCCCCUGAGGAAGAGUCUGUUGCAGUGGAUGUUUCUGCUGCUGACAUUCUCUUGAAGGAGGUGGAUGAAUUGGGAGCUGAGACAUUUAACGUUCUCCUUCCUUUGGGAACUCCCCUUCCUGCCCGCAGACAUCACACCUUCUCUGCUGAGGGAAAACUGUCCUCCCUUUGUUUGGAGAUUUAUCAGAGACUUGUCACGGAGCAGCCGGAAAAACUAUCUAAGAUUAUUUUAAGAGACCUGCAGCCCGGUGAAAAGAACCACAGCAUUGAUGCUGUAGUCACCAUGAAAAGGGAUGGUUCUGUUCAUGUGUCAUGUACAGCACAGAACAAUGGAAAAUCAGAGGCUGUCACAAUACCAGCAGCAUCAUAAACGCAAGGAAAGACAUUUCAUCACAUUAUAUGCAGUUCUGCAUCUCUCACUUUGUUUUUGUACAACUCAAUAAACAGUGAAAUAAACUAUA